ACCCUCAGCCUGUCUUUGUAGGAGAUGUGCUCCAGCCCUCUGACCAUCGUGGCCCUCCUCUGGACCCACUUCAAUAUCUCCACACCUUUCGUGUGUUGGGGGCCCCAGGUCUGGACGCAAAACUUGACGAGGGCAAGAACACAGGGGACAAUCCUCUCCCUCUCCCUGCUGGCCACCCCUCUAUUGACGCAGCCCGGGAUACUGUUGGCCUUCCGGGCCGCAGGUUCACACAGUUUGCUCUUGUUAAGCCACAGAGGCCCCGAGAAGCGGGUGACAACACAGCCCUCAGCGCCAAGGCUGCUGGGAGGCUGCAGGACUGCGGGAGGAUGCUAGCCGCCCUGUCGGCCCUCCGCGGGCCCACGGCCGUUUCCUCCCGCUCUGCGUGAGGAGAGCAAUGAGAAGCACGCUCGGUGCCAGACUGCCGGCGGAGGGGCCGGCGGGACUCCAUUUCCCAGUGUGCCCCGCAGCGAGAGGCGGUGGCUGGAGCGGCCGGCGAGCCGGUCGCGGAACUGUGUUCGGAGCGGCAGCGGGCGAGGAAACAUGGGGCGCGUAGCGGGGUUCGCUCCGCUCCCGGCCGCCGCCGCCGUCCUGCUCCUGCUCGGCUGUGCUACCGCCGCCUCCCUCGCCCCGCGCGGCCGCUCGCCGGAGCCCAACGAGAGGCCCAUCGUCGGGAUAUUGUCACAGGAAUGUCACUUUGAUGAGUUCCACAAAUUCGGAAAUUCGUAUAUUGCGGCUUCGUAUGUGAAGUUCUUAGAGUCUGCUGGUGCCCGCAUUGUGCCAAUAAGAUUAAAUCUUUCAGAUGAAGAAUAUGAUAAAAUAUUCCACUCUAUUAAUGGGGUACUUUUUCCAGGAGGUGGUGUGGAUCUUAAGACUUCAGAAUAUUCCAGGGUUGCUAAGAUAUUUUACCACAAGGCAUUAGAGGCUAAUGAUAAAGGAGACUAUUUCCCAGUAUGGGGAACAUGUCUUGGACACGAAUUGCUGACAUAUCUCACAAGUGGUGAAAUUUUACUUGUUAAUACCAAGACAAAUGGUUUUUCACUCCCUCUGAACUUUACGUCAGCUGCAAAACACAGUAGAUUAUUCAAGAACCUUCCUAAUGACUUGUUACAUGCCUUUGCUAGUGAGGCGUUGACAUCAAACUUUCAUGUGUGGAGCAUCUCCAUGGAGAAUUUCACAAAAAAUGAAAAGCUUUAUAAUUUCUAUAAUAUUCUGACCACUAACGCUGACGAUGAAGUGGAAUUUGUAUCUACCAUGGAAGCGUACAAAUACCCAAUUUAUGGUGUCCAGUGGCAUCCAGAAAAAAAUCCUUUUGAAUGGAAGAACUCAUCAGGCAUUCCACAUUCCUCAUCAGCUGUAAGGGCUGCAUAUUACAUAGCUGACUUCUUUGUUAAUGAAGCCCGGAAGAGCCUGCACCAUUUCCCCAGUGAAGGUGAAGAAACAAAAGAAUUGAUUUAUAAUUAUAGCCCGAUUUAUACAGGAACGUUUUCUUCAUUUCAGCAAGUCUAUUUUUUCAAUUGAGUAUCUUGUCAGAGGUGCGGCAUUGCUAUUUAUAAAUGGAAUUAUUUGCCUGCAUUGCAUAAUUAAGCUGAUAUAAUGCAAUGCAUGUGACACAAAGACAGAACAAUUAUCUUAUUUCACAAUAACUUAUCCUGUGUUUCUUCUGCACUAUUAGACCACUAAUCUAAAAUUUUACAUUCUAGAUUGUAAUAGUUGUCUUGGGUUAUGCUUUAUUGCUGCAGAAAAAUACAUUUUUCUUCCAGGAAAUAUUUUUUGUUUAUACUUAUGAAUUUGAACACUUUCAGGUUGAGAACAAGGAAAAGCAUUGUAUUCUUAUUUCAAAAUAUGGGAGUUAUCUCUGUAAAAUGUUGCGUACUGUGACAGCACUUGAGCUUUAGGUAUAUUGUGUAGUAAAUUCCUAUCCUCUUCAAAUGAUUUAACAAAUGAGACUUUGGAUCUUGGGCUUGUUGUAAAUUUGUGUAUGUAACCAAGUUCUUGACAGGGAUUAUUUUGUCAUAAGGAAGCGUGAUAGCAAAGAGACACUGAAAGGAUGUGCUAUACCCAAUCUCUGAAAAGUUGUGUUGUACAUUCAGUGUUGUUCAGAGAGGUUAUACCUUGUGAGGUUUAUGUAAAUAUGAAGAUGCAUUUUAAAUUGGGCAUUGCAAAUAUCAGGUAAAAUAGGUAAGAGCAUAGUUACGUUCUGUUUCCGCUUCCUAUUCUUUUCGAAUUUCAUUUUAUAUGUGUUCAAAGAAUCUGAGAGUAACUGGAAUCAGCAGACAGAUAGGAGAAACACACAGAGAAACAGAGGCCUGUAAAGGAAUGUAAACCUAACUUUUGCUUUAUAUACACUCUAACUUUUCCUGUAGUUACUGAGUAGAAUUCUCAUUGUAGUUAGAGGUAGUUUUCCAUUAAUUCAGUGGAGACAGUAGUCUGCUUGUGGAUAGUUAACAUAGCUGGAAUAAAAAAAAUAAGUGUAUGUUAGAAAACUUUCAAUGUUGGCAUUUGGUUCAAUUAGUGAAUUUUUUUUUUGCAUUCAAAAACUAACCUAGAUGAGACAAUCAGCUAUAAUUCCACUUUAUUGCACAGUUUCCAAGCCCUGUUAACAUCAGUGGGGACUUGGAGUUUAUGGAAAAAAUCAGGUUUAUACCUCAGCUCUGUUCUGCAGUACCUUAUACUCUCCAAUACAUAGGUCACUCCAAAAGUAAUGCCUCCUAUUUAUUUCUUUGGAAAUGACAGUAGGUAGAUACGAAGAGUAGAAUAACACAGUUUAAUACAGCAAAUUCUCAGCUGCAAAAUACUGUUUUUCAGCAUAGUCACAGUCAUUAGCUGAUUUGCACAGAUGAGCUGAUUGAGAUGCUCUUCACUUUGUGAUGUGACAGCUGUGCAUGGCCAUCUGAAACGUGGUUUGUCUUUCACAUCACUGUCACCACUGCUGAAAUGCACCCACUGCCUCACUGUGCUCACAUCCACUGUUCGGUCUCCAUAAACUUGGCGAGAGUUGAUGAAUGUCUAUGGGUCCAAAUUUUUCUGUGCAGAGGAAUUCAAUUCCACCCCUUUGCUUCAUACUUGAAUGUCAGACACCAUUUUGUCAGACUGUCCCUCUGCUGCCGUGUGUCACACAGCAACAAAAUAUUUGGGAAUAUUGGUGGGAAGGCUUAGCUUCUACUGCCAUACCACCAACAUCUGCCUCUGACGUGGGGCCACGAGAUAAAAUAGGAGACGUUACAUUCAGAGCAACCAUAUCUGAAUAAAGCUGGUACAUUUCUCAGGGUUUUUAAUUAAAGAACUCUCUAGCUUGUUCUUUUUGAUGAAGCAGCUGCGUAAGAUAGACAAUGUGACAAGCAUUAAUUGAAAUAAUAUAAAGAAACAUUAACUGUGACUACUAUGUGAACACUGCUUUGUAACCACAAGCUUAAACGUGUGAUAGUGCAGAUUAUUUCUACAUUUGCCAAAUUCAGUAAAUUGAACUAUUUUUCAUGUGAAUAACUUUAUUAUAUUGACUAUAUUUACUGGUUCCUGGAUAGAUCCAGUGUAAAAAGACAAUCUUGCUCUACAGUUGCAUAUAGAUGUAGCAGAUGAGAUAAGAUACUUAUGAAAAGAGUCUAGCCGUCUGUCUCUUAUUGAGACUGAGUUCUUAGGAAUAACUCUAAGAAUUUGCCUGAGUAAGAAGGGCAGGAUUUAACCUUAAAAACAGGGACCAACUUGGCAAGUGAAAUGUCUGCCUUAGGAGUAAUUAGUUCCUAUGUGUGCAACUUCAAGGGAUAUUGUGUGUAUUAUGGUAAGAGAGCAGUGUAUUUAUUAUGAACUCGUAUGUGUCUUUCCUUUAUAACCUUUAUCUUGUAAGUCUUUUUUUGGUGCUAUCAGUGAUUUUUUUUUCUAUGAUACUCUAAAUAAAGUUUAUUCAAGCAGA